GCACACACCUUCUCGACAGUCGAAGCGAGGUUACGUUAUUGCCCAUCGUGCACAGCAACCCUAAAGGCACGGGGGUGGCGGUGCCACCGGCUUGGGCCCGCCAUCGCUGCUCGCAGCUAUAUUUAUUAUGUUGUUGUUGUUGUUGUUGUUGUUGUUGUUGUUGUUGCUGUUGCUGCUGCUGCUGCUGUGAAGGUGUUUUAAUGGCUAAAUGUUUCUAAAGGGUUUAUUCGACAACAUAUUAUUCUGUUUAAAUAAAUAAAUAAUACAAUCAAUUAUCUCUGCCAGGAUUUUUUUCUAUCUAUGUUGGGUCAUUCCUGUGAAAUUUAGAAGAACUACAGUUUAUCAAGUACCAGAUAUUUCCGUCUUGUUGUUUGCACUCACACGGACUCGACGCCAUGAACACCGUCUAGCAGUCGGAAAACGGAUAUGAAGUCUCAACAGCGCUAUAGAAGAAAUUCGGCUUUUGCUCAACGUUAGGGUAUUCUGGGGUGCAAUGGACGACAGCAACGGUGUGAAGCUCUUUGUUGGGAAUCUGGAUUCGGACACAACUCAAGAUGAACUAAUAGGGCUUUUUGCCUCUUACGGAGAAGUGGUCAACAUAACUGUACUGAGGCAAUUUGCCUUUGUCCAUCUGCAGGGAGAAGGGGCUGCUGACCGUGCCAUCCGCGAUCUGAAUGGUCUAGAGUACCACGGCCGGAACCUUGUAGUUGAGGAAUCCAAAGGAAGGCCCCUCAAUUCCAUCAAAGUAUUUGUGGGAAACUUGUGUGCUUCCUGUACAACUGAAAAUCUUUUUGAUCUCUUCUUACCUUACGGCAAAGUUCUUGAUUGUGAAAAAGUAAAGACUAAGCCCUCCUCUUUAGUAGGCUACUCCUUUGUGUACAUGGAGCGCAAAGAGGACGCAGAACAAGCCAUCGAGGGUGUUCACGGGACCUUAUUUAUGGGUCGUCCACUUGCAGUAGAGCUCUCGAAGGCACAGCUGACUACAAACAAGGUACCAUGUGCCAGCUGCGGUGCACACGGCCACUUUGCAGGUGAAUGUCCGAUCAACAGGCCUCCCAUUGAACACCACCAGAGUCAAGCAGCUGUUUUGGCUGCGGCCGCUGCUGCUGCUGCAGGGCUUCCCCUUCAGGUUCAACAGAGUGUCCACAACUCUUUCUACAACACGGCAAGCAGUGACCCUACGUUUGCAGCUCUGAAAGACUUGACCACUUCCAGGGUUGAUGGCAAACCCGUUAGCGCUGCAGUCUACGGGGCUCUUGCAAGUCAAGUUUACGGUGCCGUCGCAAACCAGGUGCUUAAUUCAGCCAAGAGCCAGGCUGCGGCUGGCUACCCCACUGAAGCAGAGGCGCCAUCAGGUGCCGCUUGUGUUAACCCAGCCUAUGGAGUAAAUUCCUCUGCUUACAGUGCCAGUCCAAUUUAUGGGACCACGGAAGGCACAGAGCCUGCCUCCCAAGCCAUCUUUGAAGCUGCCCGGGCUCGAUUCUUUGAGCAGGGGCAACAAGUGCUGGCAGAACAGCAAGCCGUGACCAAAUCUGACAGAGACCGAAGCCCAAUCCGGCGCUCAGCCCCAUUACUGCCUGAUCCAGUUCCUCAGCCAUUCUCCCAGACACGACCCAAACGGCGGGCCCUUCUUCCAACACCACCUGGUGGACCAGAAAUUCCUGCAGUUAAAAAUGGAGACCCGAUUGCAAGGUGCUAUGCAGAGUAUUAUCAACAGUACCAGCAGUUCCAACAGUAUCAACAAUACCAGCAGUACCAGCAGUAUCAGCAAUACCAGUACAACUACCCACCACCUCCACCACCACCUCCGAUGCCCAUGAUGCCUCCAACCACAUUGGAUGCGCAACACCUUGCUGCCCCUGGCACUGCUGCUUCAUCAAGAGUGUAUGAGCCACCUUCAACACACAAGGAGCCCCUCCUACGCCGCCCUGAUUACUUUAACCAACACACAUCGGCGUCCCCAUAUCGAUAGCCCCACACCACUUCACACAUGUGUGCACACAUGCUUGGUUGUAAAAAUGUGAGCGUGUGUCAGUUUUGGUCCUACAUGAAAACAGAUCUCAGAAAAUGGAGGAAAGGGAUAAAUCAAAUUUAGUCAAUGCUUCUGAGCUGACACCCCCCCCUUCCACACACACACACACACACACCUCUUUGCUUUUGCAGAUAAAGCACUCUUUGACUAUCCUGUCAGAUCUCACAUUCUCUAAAGUCAAAUGACUGUGCCUUUAACAUACGUUUCACUUUUUCUAUAAACCAAUUUUUUUAGACUUUUGUAAAACCAAGUAUUUUCGCUCAGUUUUGUUUAUCGAAUUCAUGGCUAACUGAGGAGUAAGCCACACUUAAUAUCUGUGGUUAUUCCAAAUUGUCCACAAUUUAUAGAAUUUUUGGCUUGGACUGAUGUUAAAUUCACAUAGGCUUCAGAUUUAUAUAAAAGGCACAGCGUAAUUGGAAUAGAUUGUAAAGAGGACCUGUGUGAGUGAGAACACAAUGUUAACAAUUUUAAUUGACAUGCCUAGGCUUACACAUGAUGAACACCACAAUCACAUACACAAAGCAAUUUCCUAUAGUCCUAUUUGAGUGUGAGGGGCCUUAGGGCAGAGACACUUUCAAUUGUAUUUGUACCAUCAAAACCACAAAUUUGUGCUAAAAGGAACUUUAUGACUAUUAUUCUUAGUCACUGCCCAAGUAGUGCAGAUGGCUGCCCAGAUCAACAACAAUAUAACCAAAUUUAAAAUUACCUGUUGUAAAAGAGAAGGUAGAUGGGUAAAGAAAGUUUUCAUUACAAAAGGGAUAGACUUUGUCACGUAAUAGGCAUAUUCAUUGUUCUAGAUGUUUUCCAUUUUAAAACUGAAUGAGUUAGAGAUGUCAUUGUUACUAAAGAGGGUAAAGAACUGGCUAUAAAUCCUGCCAAUAGCAAAUAUGCAUGUUUUGCUGGAUUUACAAAGUAAACAACAGCCAUCUCUGGCCUUGCAUCCCUCACUUGACAUGGACGCAGUACUCUUUGAGUAUUGACUUUAUAAUUAAAAGAAUGAGGUUUUUAUGUUCUUUUGUGUUUUUUUUUUUUAAAGUAGCCCCGUGCAAUUAAUGUUUCUCUCUGACCAUUUAUUUGUUCACAUUUACAUUAUAGUAGUGUCUUUAUCCAUAGACUCAUGUGAAUUGAUUUCAGGGGCUUUUGGGUGGAAGCAUUUUGUAACGUAGGGAUGAGGAGUGUAAAACCCGUUCAGUGUGAUGCAUCCAGGCCUAACAUGCAGCUAGAUACGAAUAUUGGUUUUCAAAGUGAAAACAGUGAAGUGCUUCAAACAACAUUGUAUUUUUGUGCGUAAAGAAAAAAAUGUGUUGUCCCAGUUCAUGCGCACUUUAGGCAAUUCAAUUAAAUGUUCAUGUUAUAAAACUUACAAACUGAAAGUGACUUUGUCUGUAUAAUAAAUUGAGGCUAAGGUUCAUACAAUUAGAGCCAGACGUUUCAAUCAUGAUGCCAUUUUAUGUAGAGAAUCUACCCAGACAUUUCAAACAUGAUGCCAUUUUAUGAAGAGAAUCUACCCAAAGAUUUCAUACCAUCUGUUUUGGAAUAUAUCAAGCCUUGCUUUCUUCAGAGCAUUCAAGUCACCAGCUUUUUGCUCAUUUACACCUUUAACUUCCCCAUGAAUAGCUUUGUGAUUCGGAUGUUAUGGUGGUUGAGUAGCUUCUCUUCAGAUGUCCCUCUUUGAAAUCAGUGCAUUAUAAUUAUUAUUGGAAGCCAUGGUAAGAGAAUGGUUUGUUUAAUCAUGUUAUGUAUGUCCUCUUUCCAUAGAAUGCCCCUCAGGCAGUCUUCAGUCUUUCAUUCCAAAGAAAUAUGGUGGGAUACACACACAAAACUCACUUGGCACACGCAAUCCAUACUUUCACCACUCUCAGUGACAAUUGUAUCAUUUGAGUUCAUCUAUUUAGUUGAAUCUCACAGGCAAACAUUCACUGUAGUGUUAAUGUUCUCAAUAUUAUGUAAAACAGUGGAGAUGGAAAGGUUGUGGUGUAGCUUCUAUCAGCACACCAGGGCUCCACACAAAUGAUUCUACACAGUAAAUAUAUAAUAUCUGUUGUGUAUUAUUGUAAAUAGUGCAUGUCUCUUGUUAUUCUUACUGCUGUUCCAGCCACAUUCUUCCUUUUUGCUAACUACAGCUAAAAUGGCUCCCGGGCCUCAGGACACCAAGUUGAGCAUGACGGGGGAAGAGAAUUAGCUCCCCACAAUGCCUCGGACGCGCUCCCCUCUAAGGUAAAGCCCUUUGCCCCCCACCACGCCUGCACCUCGAUCAUACACUUCCCCUCAAUGAUCCUAGCACAGUUGCUAGAGAAGCUCAGAUUAGGCCCACAUCCAGUUUAUACUGACAAUAAGGCCAAUGCAUAGUGGGGAUGGUUCUUCUUGCCAUGUGGUAGGACAAUAAAUCAGUGCCUACUGAGGGGAAAUUGUGUCUUAUUUGCUUAAAGAAUUUAGUACAAUUAGUUCAUUCAGCUUGGCUACCAAAAAUGCUCAUGGUUUGGUAUCUUGUCUGUUAGUGGAAUAACUUCACUCAUUAUAUUUCUUAGAAAACCAAUACUAUCCUUUUGAUGACCUACUAGUCGAUCAGCGUUUCCCAACCCUGAUCCUGGAAUACCACCAACGCUACACAUUUUGGAUGUCUUCCAAAUUUAACACUCCUGAUUCAACUCCGUUUGUUAGUUGAGGCUCUAAGACUGUUGGGGUACUCAGACCUGGGCUGGGAAACACUAUAGAAGAUCAUUAACUAUGUAGGGGGAGCUUCUUGGAAAGGGUAAAUUCUCAAGAUACUCCUAACGUAAAGUAAGGACAGUUGAGGUGAGUGCGCUUGAUCACUCCCUUGGCUCCAUGCAUGCACAACACAGUAAUACACUGAUCACCAUAAAAAUUCAGCUAAAAAAAAACCCCCGCAAGAAAUCAGUUAAGGAGCAGUCACACUCCAUUCACUCCCAUUCAAAUGCAUCCUAAUGCGGGAGACUGGAAUGCUAACUCAUGUGAAGAAACUUUGCACUUUGUUGCAGAGGAAAGCUCAAGUUUGGCAAACUCUGACCUUCGAAUCUGGAUAAGAUCAAUAGAAGAUUGAAUCAUCACGCACACUGUUUAUGACCUUACCCCAAUAAAGGAAAGGCAUCUACUUGACCACACAUGUUGGCUUAUUAAGCGUAAUUGUUGUAAGAUUGUAUUUAAACACGCACAGUGUGACUAAUGUGGCGUUUUGUGAUGCUACACCACUACUAGCUGAGAAAGGAGCUCACUAAUUGAAAAGCUACACUAUUGUGAAUAGAGCUUCUGUCAUGCUUUUGAAAAAAUUAAAAUUUAUUUGCAUCAGUACUUGUUGUUAGUUACUUCACAACACUGAUCAUCAGUUACUAAAAACAUGUUAUUUUGACUUUGACAAAAUGCAUUGAAUCCUAAAGUUUGUCUCUCAAAAUGGCAUCAAGGUGUGCAGAAAAUACAUUUCCAUUUGAAGUAAUAAGAGGGAACAAUCCAGAUUAGAUAAUUCGGAGUGUUUGCUUUGGCUUGUUCUGUGGCAUUUGGUCUUGUUAAAGCAUUUCCAGUAAGAGGAGGUGGACACACUUGUUCAAAGCUGAUGUGCUCCAGCUGUGCUUUGAAUACUUUAGAUGGGCACAGUGCUGUCCAAAAGGUCUGAAUCCAAGUAGGGUAGUCAUAGGCGAGUAACUAAUGUGCUGUUGUCCAGCUCAAAUCCACUCCUCAGACCCCAUCACUAGGCCUACUGCCACCUUUUCAACCUUAUGAGAUCAUAGAUCCAACUGCAACCCUUUUUUAUUUCAUUGUCGGCUCUAGAGGGCUCUGCACUCCGAUAUAUUGAGGCUCUACAGUUGAAAAUGUGUGUAAAUGAAAAAAAAUCAUUCAUUUUCCUGCCAGAGUUGUUCCUUUGUCCUUUCGUGGCAUGGAUAAGGGAGCUGGAUAAUGGAUAAUUUUAUAAGAUGUGCACAUAUAAAUAAACAAAUCAGUAAAAGCUUUUUCAAAUUAAUAUAGGGACAGUCUGCAGCAAAAUAUUUGUCACAAACAUGUAAAGGUAACCUUUUAAGGUAUUCAGCUUCAGAAAGUCCUAAGAGUUUCACUGCAAACUCCCUAUCUAAUUAUUAAAAAUUUUCUAACUUAGUUGUAUUCCUCCACUUUUCUACAGAACUUGCAUCAAAUAUCUAAUUCAUCUUUUAACACUGAAUAUUCUUGGCCGUCAUGCAAGUUUUUUUUUUUACUUUUUGUCUUUCUCUUGCACCUUCCAAGCUUGUACAGGCAGUAGACCAUUACAUGUAGAUAAACUAUGAUUGAUAUCUCUUUUUUUGGCCUAAAGCCAAUUUACAUAUUGGCUUUAGGCUAUGAUCUUUGUACUUUGUUCCUGUAAAGUUCAAUAAAUUAUGCUGAA